AUGGGAAGGGCUCCAUGUUGUGACAAGUCUAGUGUGAAAAGAGGGCCAUGGUCUCCUGAAGAAGAUGCCACCCUCAAAAGUUACCUUGAGAAACAUGGCACAGGUGGUAAUUGGAUAGCACUUCCACCAAAAGCAGGCCUGAACCGUUGUGGGAAGAGUUGUCGUCUAAGAUGGCUGAACUAUCUCAGGCCUCAUAUCAAGCUUGGAGGUUUCACUGAGGAGGAAGAUGAAAUUAUCUACAACCUUUAUAGCUCCAUAGGAAGCAGGUGGUCUCUUAUAGCUGCUCAAUUCCCUGGGAGAACAGACAAUGAUGUGAAAAAUCACUGGAACACCAAGCUAAAGAAAAAGUUUUUGGCAGCAAGCUCCAGUACUAUUGUCACAGGCAACACUAUCAGCAAGACUAGUUGUCCAGAUCAGUUCUCUGCUUUUACUUUUCAGCCUCAGGUUGAUCAAGCUUUUUUCCUUGAUCAAAAAAGGAACUCAGCUUGUUUUGUCCCCAACAAUGUUCUGGAUUUGGAGCCAGCAGCAAUUCCAGUUCCUUUAACAAUGCCUCUGGAGACAGAAGCUUCUUCUUACACUGAGAGCAGCCUAGGUAGCAAUUGUAACACACCACCCUUUAAGGAAGUUUCAGUUUUUUCAAGUGCACCUUCCUUGGCAGAGCAGAACAGUCAUGUUCAGUGGUAUGAAAAUGGCCAUGAAGGUGAAGAUGAUGGAGUUUUUCUUGAGUUUGUGCUUGAGGAUCUACUGAAUCAUGGAUUUGCUUCACUAGACAAAAGCAGCCAAGUUGCUCCAUCAUCUGGUAACCAAGAUUGCAGCUACUCAUCAAAAUCUUGAGAAAAAAAAGGCUACAGAGAAGCAAAGGAAAAUUAGGGUGGAUUUAUCAAAUUAUUAAUAGUACUAGUGAUUAAAUGCCUCUAACUAGUGUUUGAAUUUGUGAUUUAAGUAGUUUGUUAUAUGUGGUAUUGUGUUAGCUUCUGAGUUACUUUCAAACUUAUUGUUCUUAUUAUUAUUCAAGGUAUAUACAUCUUAGUCAAAAGUUCUAUUGUC